ACUCUAAACCCUAAAAUAUCGUACACAUUUUUCAAAUGUGUACGGUAUUAAAGUGGUGUUUUUAGGGUUCUUAGGUUAGGGCAAAGGGGAGGAUCGAGGAUGAGCAGGGUGCAGGUAGAGCGGGCCGCGGCGGCGGCGGCGCGCAACGUGAACGCCUACGGGCAGAAGGAGGAGGGGCCGAGCCGAUGGCAGGAGCGCAAGGAGGCCAAGCGCCAGAUGUAUCUCAUGAGCACGGAGCGGCCGGUGACGGUAGACGUUCUGCGCAACAAGGAGAGCGGCGGCGGCGGCAGCAAGCAGCUGACGGGCCACUGCCAGAAGUGCUUCCAGCGCCACUGGACGUACGAGUGUAAGAACGAGCGCAUCUACAUGAGCCGUCCCUCGCGCUCCCAGCAGCUCAAAAACCCCAAGCUCAAGCCCAAGCUCAUGGACGCCAGCGAGGUGGUGGAGUUUUUGGGCGAGAAGGAGCGGAAGGAGCAGGACAAGGUGGCCAAGCGCGAGCGGCGGCGGGAGAAGGAGCGGGAGAUGGAGCGGCGGCGGCGGCGCAAGAAGAAGAAGAUGGCACGUCGCAGCAAGCGCUACGAGUCGUCGGAGUCGGGGGAGAGCGAUAGCGAUGGCGGCUCUUCCUCUUCCUCGCCCUCUUCGUCUUCCUCCUCGUCUGAGGAUGAGAGGAAGCGUCGCCGAGCAAGGAGGAAGAGGAGAUCGCCGCCUCCAUCUCCAUCGUCGAGCUCUGGCGAUGGCUCUUCCUCGCCUUCCUCGUCUUCGUCGUCCGAGGAUGAGAAGCCGAGGAGUAGGAAGCGGCGGAGGAAUGCCACCACGUCCGAGUCCGAGAGCUCGGAUGAGGACUCGCGUGGCCGGAAGCGCAGCCGCAGCCGCAGCCCGGAGGAUGAUCGCGCGGCCGAGAAGAAGGCCGAGAAGAAGCGGAAGUGACUUGACAACGAGAAGGAAAGCUGCUCCUUGAUUUUCUUUGUUGCCUGGUUUGCAUGGGGACUAGAUGGUGGUGAUCACGGCGGCUCCACUGGAUGGCUUGGACGCGAAGACGUAGAGCCCCAGGGAUUCGGGCUUGACGAUGCCUUUCUGGAUUCGGGAGUUGUAGAAGCCUUCCUGUAAUUGCAUGAAAAAAUGAAAUAAAUUGUGUGAGCUCUUAACUUUAAA